AUGCAAGAUUGGGAAGAUAUAUCGUCAUUGAUACCAUUAGCAGGUCUAAUAUUUUGUAUAUCAAAAGCAUUACAGUAUAUUUUAUCAGCCCGUAAGUCAUGCCAUAAUGAUCUAAGAUUAGAUAAAUUAUCCAAGGAAUUAAUGACUGCAAGUAAAUGGAUAGUACUAGCAAUCUUAUUUUAUAUUGUUGUUAAUGAUUACAAGAGAAAUGAAGCUGAUAUUUUAUAUAGUUAUGUUGGAUGGAAAAGUAUUACUUUUAGUGUUGUAAUUUUACCUUUUUGUUUAUCAAUGCUUAUUGUAAAAAUUGGUCAGUGGAAAUUCAAUUCAAGCACGACUAAAGUAGAAGAAAAUGUUUAA